AUGCGUCCCUCUUCUUCCCUAUUCACAGAAAUGCCAUCCCCGCAUCGAUCAUCGCAUGAGAAUAAAGACACAACCGAGCCACCUUUUCAGGAAAGCGAUGAGUCUCUUCGCCAUGGAAAAUAUGAGAGGCAUUUAUUUCUGAGCGAAGGAGCCUGGAAUGGCUGUAAUGGUGAUGAGAUUGAGUUUAAAAAGAAGGAGGACGACAUAUCUGAAGAUGGAUACACUCAGCCACAGGACAGACUCUCCGUCUUGGAUCGUGUCAUGAGUCGCACUUCGGUUGCGGACAGUGACCAUGGACCUCCGCCCGAUGGUGGCUUUUGGGCCUGGGCGUCAGCCAUUGCCGGGCAUAUAGUCAUGCUAAACUCAUGGGGGUACAACAGCUCUUUUGGCGUCUUUCAGACCUAUUACGCAGCACACCUCGAUAAUCCAGCCAGCCAAAUAUCCUGGAUAGGAUCGGUCCAAAUCUCUGCCCUGUUCUUUAUAGGAACCCUCUCUGGUCGCCUUACAGACGCCGGCUACUUUCGCAUCACAUUUGCUGCCGGCACACUUCUCACCUGUCUUGGUGUAUUCAUGACUUCUCUCAGUACGACAUUCUGGCAACUCCUCCUCUCACAGGGUCUCUGCACAGGGCUGGGUAACGGUCUGAUGUUUACUCCUAGUCUUGCUGUUGUUUCUACAUACUUUAAGCGGAGAAGGGCCCUGGCCUUUGGAAUCACUGCCACUGGAAGUGCCACGGGUGGUUUGAUAUUUCCAUCUAUGGCUCGUCAGCUUCUUGGGAGUAUUGGUUUUGCUUGGACGGUUAGAGCUAUGGGGUUGGUGCAGCUCAUCACGCUGGUCAUGGCGAAUCUACUCCUGAGACCUAGAAUACCGCCGAGACAGUCAGGGCCGUGGAUCGAUCUAGCGUCGUUCAAAGAAAAGGGGUACUUGUUCUUUGCCAUCGGAAUCUUCUUCACAUUUUGGGGAACAUUCUUCCCGUUCUACUACCUUGCUUCUUUUGCAGUUUCGCAGUUGGAAAAACCCCUCACAUACUCGGCCGCAUUGAAUGUCCUUCUUGUCGUCAACGGUGUCGGAAUCAUCGGUCGUUCACUACCAAACGCCAUCGCACAUCGCUUCGGAAGCAUCACAGUCCUCAUACCCGUCGUGUUUAUCUCAUCGAUCUGUUUAUUCACGUGGCCAGCAGUGUCCACAGAAGCGGGUUUGUACGUAUGGGCUAGUAUUUACGGCAUUGUGGCUGGAGCAUCCAUGAGUUUGUUCCCUCCAGCUUUGUCGGAUUUGACAACGGAUGUGCACAAGACAGGUGUGAGGAUGGGCAUGAUUUUUACGACGAACAGUAUUGCAACUCUUACUGGGCCGCCUAUCGCUGGUAUGAUUAUUAGACACUCUGGGGGUCAUUAUCUGGGUGCGCAGAUCUUUGCUGGUGCAUCGCUCUUUUUGGGUGGGCUGUUUAUCUUUAUGGCUAAGCGGUUCAGGAGAGUCGGAGAUGAUGAUGGAGAUGCACGAAACAACUGA